GUUAAGCUCUGGACUUGGGACUACGAUUAUUAUAAUUGCUUCUUUUGUAUUGAUAGGAUUAUAAUACAUCUACUUAUUACAGUAGAAUAAUAGUUUAAUAAUAUUAAUUAUUUUGUAAUCUGUUUUUAUACAUCUUUGAUCACGCCAUCCUUUAUCUGCUCGUUUAGUUUAUAUUUUAUUUUUCACCGUUCGUCGUAAAACAUUUUGGUGAAGAAUCUCUUAUUAACAAAAUACAUAACGCUUGUGUCCAAACCGCGUCGCUACCAGCUAGUCAACAUUUACAUCGUCUUAAAGUUUUAGAUGUGUUCAGUUGUCGGUAAUAAUAAGGAAACAAUGCAGAACGGAUUCACACAUAAGUUUAAGGUAGCGGAUCUAUCGCUAGCUGAAUGGGGUCGCAAAGAAAUCAUUUUAGCUGAAAAAGAAAUGCCCGGUUUAAUGGCACUACGUAAAAAAUAUGGUCCAUUGAAAAUUCUUAAAGGAGCUCGUGUUGCUGGUUGUCUUCAUAUGACCAUUCAAACAGCAGUCCUCAUUGAAACCCUUACUGAACUCGGCGCCGAAGUCCAAUGGUCUAGCUGCAAUAUCUUCAGUACCCAAGAUCACGCAGCUGCAGCCAUUGCCAAAGCUGGAGUUCCUGUCUUUGCCUGGAAGGGUGAGACCGAAGAAGAAUAUUUAUGGUGCAUUGAGCAAACACUAGUUUUUGCAGACGGUAAUCCAUUAAAUAUGAUAUUAGACGAUGGUGGCGACUUAACGACUUUAGUACACAAAAAGUACCCUCAAUUCUUGGACGGUAUUAAGGGAGUGUCUGAGGAAACCACCACUGGUGUCCAUACUUUGUAUAAAAUGAAAAAAGAGGGUAUUCUGAAGAUGCCAGCUAUUAAUGUAAACGAUUCCGUCACAAAAAGCAAAUUUGAUAAUUUGUACGGCUGCCGUGAAUCACUUAUUGAUGGUGUAAAGCGUGCGACAGAUAUAAUGAUUGCCGGUAAAGUUUGUGUAGUAGCUGGUUAUGGUGAUGUUGGCAAAGGUUGUGCUAUGUCGCUGCAAGCAUUUGGUGGUCGCGUCAUUGUCACAGAAAUCGAUCCAAUCAAUGCCUUACAAGCCUCCAUGGCCGGUUUCGAAGUCACUACGAUGGAAGAAGCUUGUUCAAAGGGUCAAAUAUACGUAACGACAACGGGCUGCAAAGGCAUAAUUACUGGAGCCCAUUUCCCGCUUAUGCCAGAUGAUGCUAUUAUUUGUAACAUUGGUCAUUUUGAUUGCGAGAUCGAAGUUACAUGGUUGGAAAAAAAUGCUGUUGAGAAAAUAAACAUUAAGCCUCAAGUUGAUCGAUAUACUCUUGCCAGCGGCAAGCAUAUAAUACUCUUGGCUGAAGGCAGAUUAGUUAAUUUAGGGUGUGCAACGGGGCAUUCGUCAUUUGUAAUGAGCACAUCGUUCACUAAUCAAGUUCUCGCUCAAAUUGAAUUAUGGACUCAAAAUGAUAAGUACAAAAAUGAUGUGUAUGUGCUCCCUAAGAAAUUGGAUGAAGAAGUAGCUGCAUUGCAUCUAGAACAUUUGGGUGUGAAAUUGACUAAACUUACAGAAGAGCAGGCCAACUAUCUUGGAAUCCCCGCUGAAGGACCUUACAAACCAGAACACUAUAGAUAUUAAUAGUUUAACUACUAUCAGUCUUUUAUUUUAUAAAAUUACAGUUUUUUUUUUCUUCAUUAAAUAAACCAAUACCAUCAUCAAAAA